AUGCCGUUCUCCACGGCCUGCUCCACCCCCCUGGCCAACUUUGAGGCCGGGCUCAACUACAAGGACGUCGCAGACCCCGCAGUCAUGGUGUCAUUCCCGCUGAAGGAUGACGCUGACGGCGCGGCCCUGGUGGCGUGGACGACCACCCCGUGGACCCUGCCCUCCAACCUGGCGCUGUGCGUGCACCCGGACUUCACUUACGUAAAGGUCCGCAACCCCGCCACUGGUGCGGUCUUCAUCGUGGCCGAGUCACGCCUGGAGGCCCUGCCCGGCGCCGUCCCCAAAGGCAAGAAGGGCGCCGCCGCCGCCAACAACAACAGCAACGGCGGCGGCGGCGGCGGCGGCGGCGGAAAGAAGAAAGGGAAGGGCAGCAGCGGCAACGUGGCAGCCGCGGCGGCGGCCCCGGCGGACGGCGGGGCCGCCCCGGCGGCCGGCGAGGCAGCGGCGGGCGGGGAGAAGCCCGCGGCGGCCGAGGCGGCCGGUGGGGAUAAGAAGGGUGCUGGCGCCGGCGGGGGCGGCUUUGAGGUCAUCGCGAAGCUGCAGGGGUCCGAGCUGGUCGGCCUGCGGUACGAGCCCCUCUUCCCGUACUUUGCUGACCUGGCGGCAUCGGGCGCAUUCAAGGUGGUGUCUGACGGAUACGUGACGGAUGACAGCGGUACGGGCGUCGUGCACCAGGCCCCCGCGUUUGGUGAGGAUGACUACCGGGUCUGCCUGGCCCACGGCGUUAUUGAGAAGGGCGAGGGCCUGCCCUGCCCAGUCGACCUCAGCGGCCGCUUCACGGAGGAAGUCCCAGACUUCGCCGGCAAGCACGUGAAGGAGGCGGACAAGGCCAUCAUCGCGGCCAUCAAGGAGCGCGGCCGCCUGGUGGACGUGGGCAGCCUGGUGCACUCCUACCCCUUCUGCUGGCGCAGCGACACGCCCCUCAUAUACAGGGCCGUACCCUCCUGGUUCGUCGCGGUGAGCGGGAUAAACGUUUGA